CGCCGCCGCCGGGUACUGUCUCUAUGGCGAGGAGGCGGAGGAGGAGCGCGAGCUCGGACGCACAAGUUCAAAAAUAAAGGAUUUAUGAAACUUCUCUUUGCCCAAGUGUUACAUUGGCUGCCUGGCCCCCAGACCUGCCCGUCUCCUCACUAUGCCAGCUGCCACCGUGGAUCAUAGCCAAAGAAUCUGUGAAGUCUGGGCGUGCAACCUGGAUGAAGAGAUGAAGAAGAUCCGUCAAGUGAUCCGGAAGUACAAUUACGUCGCUAUGGACACGGAGUUUCCGGGCGUGGUUGCUCGGCCCAUCGGAGAGUUCAGGAGCAACGCGGACUAUCAGUACCAGCUGCUGCGCUGCAACGUUGACCUGCUCAAGAUCAUUCAGCUGGGAUUGACGUUCAUGAACGAGCAGGGCGAAUACCCGCCGGGAACCUCGACAUGGCAGUUUAAUUUUAAAUUUAACUUAACGGAGGACAUGUACGCCCAGGAUUCUAUCGAACUCCUAACAACUUCCGGCAUCCAGUUUAAAAAGCACGAGGAAGAAGGAAUCGAAACCCAGUACUUUGCGGAGCUUCUCAUGACGUCCGGCGUGGUGCUGUGUGAAGGGGUGAAGUGGCUUUCGUUUCACAGUGGCUAUGACUUCGGCUAUCUCAUCAAAAUCCUGACCAACUCCAACCUGCCAGAGGAAGAACUUGACUUCUUUGAGAUCCUACGGUUAUUUUUCCCUGUCAUCUAUGACGUGAAGUACCUCAUGAAGAGCUGCAAAAAUCUCAAGCUCGCUGUGUUGCAGGGCGGCCUGCAGGAGGUGGCGGAGCAGCUGGAGCUGGAGCGGAUCGGGCCGCAGCACCAGGCCGGCUCCGACUCGUUGCUCACCGGAAUGGCCUUUUUCAAGAUGAGAGAGAUGUUCUUUGAGGAUCACAUCGACGACGCCAAAUACUGCGGGCACCUGUACGGCCUGGGCUCCGGCUCGUCCUACGUGCAGAACGGCACCGGCAGCGCCUAUGAGGAGGAAGCCGACAAGCAGUCGUGACCGGGUCGGGGCCGUUGACACUCGUCCUCGGUUUUACCUCAGGGUCGCGGUCGGCUCCCCGGACGGCGGGGGAGCCUUCGUGUUCGGGUCCCCCGGGCUCCCCUCUCCCGCUUCCUGCCUCCCCGUCUCCCCCGCGCUCCACGCUCUCCCCUCAGAGCGAAAAUGAAAGUCAGUCCCCGCUCCCAGAUCUGGGUCUCGACCCGUAGAAGAGUUUCCGGUUCGAUCCAACCCCGGCCCCGCCGGCCCGGCCCGGCCCCGCGGCAGCGGCAGGGAGCGGGGGAGAGCUGAGUCGGAAUGAGGAUUUGGUCAGAGCACCUAGGCGGUCUUAGGUUUUUCCCCCGGUGAACUAGCGCUGACUGUAACUUAUUUCCCCAUCUCGUGUCUCUCCCCUCCAGAAGGCGAAGUUUUAGCUACUCAAGAUUGUGGCCCAUCAAUUUUGCACUUUAGAGAGUGACUCGGACUCAGCUCCUCUGUUUUAUUGGAAGUUUCGGUUUUUCUCGCUCUUAGCUUGAAAAAUAACCAUCAGCCAAGCUGUCCCUCGACGUUGCCUCGCUUCAGAGCCGGGCGCAGCCGGACGCGUGCCUUGCACUCGGUCGGUCGGUCCGUCGCUCGGCAGAGCGGCGCGAGCCCGAGACAAAAGCCGACUGCCCGCGGACCCCAGGGGCCGCUGGCUUCUGCUUGGCAGGUUGGGCCGCCUGGGGGGCUGGCUGACCGCCCCGCCCCGGCCCCUCCACGCUUCCUUUAGGAAAGCUCGUGGGGUCGGCACCGGGUUUCUUCCCGGGAGCUGGAGUCCUUGGAGGCCCGCCCCGGCUCCACUCCUGCUUGCCCACUCGUAAAGACACGUCGGUCGGGUGCUUGGUUGGCCGGCUUUCCAAGUCGACUCCGCUACUAACGACGCCCAAAGAUCGCACUUCACCGUAGGGCUCCCUGGCCCGGCAUCAAAUUAAAAAAAAAGACAAGAUUUUUGCCUUUGUAACGGCUACAAAGACAACCGUCCCGGUGUUCUGUGACAAACCGCGGCCGGCCCCCAACGGGGCAGGGUGGUCGCCCGAGCCCAGGAGCGAACGCUGGUUACUUUUCCCGGUUCAGGUAUAUCUGGCUAUAUAUUUCAGCCGACUCGUCCGAGGGAAAUCGGAAGCCCUCGUCCCGGCAGAGCCUGUGACGGAUCAUCUGUCCGGGGACCCCGUAGGGAAGGAAGCAGCCACUGAUUGCCGGCCUGAGCAGUGGACUCCGGGAGCGUCGGAAUGUCGACUGCCGACCGCCGCUGGCCCGAGGGGAGGGUCCCGACGGCGGGGGAGCGGCGGGCAGCCGCUGACCGCCGCUGGCCCAAGUGGAGGGUCCCCUCGGAGGGGGAGCGUCAACACUUCUUCAAUCAGCAAUAUCGAUAAUUCCCCAAAUGUUCCUCCGAUUGAUCGGUCUCCCCUGUACUUUCACAAUCUCUUUGCAUUGCUGUAACCGGCAGUCCUUUUUAAAACAAAGAAGAAAACUAUUUGCAAAACAGAGGGUAUUAUUUGUUUUUAAAGCUUUUGUAAAUAAAGGCUUCAGAACUGUU